AUGUUAUUAGUUUCCCCAGCUGGACCCCAAAGACUCCAAGCCCUGGGGGAAGGAAAUUCCAACUCGGUCCUCGCCCACCCCCGCCCCAUCCCUCUCUCCGGCUCGUUGCCUCUCUCGCCCCAAUGCCGCCGAAACUUGUUCCCACUUUCGGGUGGCAGGUCGGCGGAGGUGGCGGCGAGAUCCUCGGCCCUGGGCAGGGAAAUGGGGCAGGCAGUGACGCGCCGACUUGGAGCUGGAGCCCGCGCAGCGCACCGCAGGACCAUGGACGGCCAAACCCCGCGCGCGGAGGACGCCCCGGCAGCGCCCCUGACAUCCACCGCUCCCGCAGGGAGAAAACCAAAAGCCAAGGCACCACCUCCUCCAGCUGAGCCCUCAUCCGUUGAUGUCUCUUCAGUUGAUGAUUCUGUAGAAUCCUGUGCCUUCACCAUGGAACAGAAGGAAAACAUGAUAGAUAAAGACAUUGAACUCUCAGUGGUUCUACCUGGGGAUGUCAUCAAAUCGGCUACUGUUCAUGGCAGUAAACCUAUGAUGGACUUGUUGAUAUUCCUCUGUGGACAGUAUCACUUAAAUCCAUCAAGCUACACAAUUGAUCUGCUGUCAGCUGAAAAGCGCCCCAUUAAAUUUAAACCAAAUACACCAAUAGGAAUGUUGGAAGUGGAGAAGGUAAUUUUAAAACCAAAAGUUUUGGAUAAGAAAAAACCUACACCUAUAAUACCAGAGAAAACUGUGAGAGUAGUGAUCAAUUUUAAGAAAACACAGAAGACAAUAGUGAGAGUUAGUCCACAUAUAUCACUUCAAGAACUUGUCCCUGUUAUAAGCAGCAAAUGUGAGUUUGAUCCAUUACAUACAGUGCUGUUGAAGGAUUAUCAGUCUCAGGAGCCCCUUGACUUGACAAAAUCCCUUAAUGACCUGGGUCUAAGAGAAUUAUAUGCCAUGGAUGUCAGCAGAGACACUUCUGUUACUGACUUCAAUAAAUCAUCUUUACAAGAGUCCUGCCAAAUAUCACAAAACCUAGACAUGAUGAAGGACAAAGAAAAUAAAGGAUUUUUUAGCUUUUUUCAACGCAGUAAGAAAAAGCGGGAGCAAACUGCAAGUGCCCCUGCAACCCCUCUAAUAAGUAAACCUCGCCCGACUUUGACAAGGUCCAAUACCAUUUCCAAACAAUAUAUUUCAAACACUCUGCCAUCAGAUGUACCCAAGAAGAGGCGGGCGCCAUUGCCGCCAAUGUCAGCAUCUCAGAGUGCCCCACGGGACCUUGCCAACACCCAGGAGAGGCCAGCUUCUUGUGUAGUGAAAUCCAUGAGUGUAGAUGAAACAGAUAAGAGUUCCUGUGGAGCAGGCAUAGUGAGGACAGGCUCAUUGCAGCUCAAUAGCACAUCCUUAGGAAACUCAUCUUUGAGAAGAACAAAGCGGAGAGCACCAUCGCCACCCUCCAAAAUGCCUCUGCAUCAAAGUGACGAAAAUAGUCACAUGACAGCUCUGCAGUCAGUAGAAGUGGCUUCUACAGACAGUGUUUCAGAAACAAAUUCUCCUGAAGGGUUAUCAAGCCCAGUUGGAAUAAGCUCUGAUUACAGUCUUGAAGAAAUCGACGAAAAGGAAGAACUGAGUGAAGUGCCUAAAGAUGAGGCUGAAAAUAUUUUUCUAAAGCCACAGAAUAUUCCUUCCGUAUCCACUGAUAUAAUAAAUACUGUGAAAAAUGAUCCUGACUCAGCCUUUGGCAGUGAUACUGGAGAGUCCUCACAAAACUCCAAAGAAAAACAAGAAACUAGAAACACAGAUGGACAGGAAGCACACAUUAUUGUAUAUAAUACAAGCAAUGAAGAAAUGACAGUUGACAGCGCACAAAACUUGAAGUCACUGGGCUUAGACCAAGAGAAAGGUGAGUUAUAUCAAAAUGAAGUAAUUGCCUUUCCGUUGAAAACAGAAGAUAAUAAAAAUGGGGUGAGGAAGACAGAAAUGAAUGUAGCAUAUGUUGCCAAAAAUAGCGACAUGGACAUAAAAGUUGACAGAGUAUCAAACUACCAGGCAUAUGAAACUGAUCCUGCUAUAAAUUACAAGGAAAAUCAUCUAGCAUCUUCAUCAGUGCCAGAUCAAAAGCUUAAUCAAGUCAUUGUAGAAAAAAUAAAAAUGCAAGAUGCAGCAAUUCAGACAACCCCUUCCUGUAACAGUUUUGAUGGUACUCAUCAAGACCAUCCUCUUUCUGACUUCAGAGUUGAUGAAAGUGUGCAGACUUCAAAUAACAGCCAAUCAACUCAACACUCAUCCUUAUGUGCACAAAAUUCUGUAGACACCAUAGGAGAAUUCCGGAGUCAGGACACACUAAUUGCACAAGAAAACAAACUCACCACAAAAGAUUCCAAUUGUGCACCUGGUAAUGAUGAUCUUUUGACUCCUGUAGAUGGGACUGAUAAAAAUUCAAAUGCUUCUCAUCUAAAGAAUUAUCCAUUUCAUAGACAAGAUUACAAACCCAAGCCUAAACCAUCAGAUGAAAUUACAAGAUGUUAUAUACCCAAAAUUGGAAUGACUACUUAUAAAAUUGUACCUCCCAAAUCCCUGGAAAUACUGAAAGACUGGGAGUCAGAAACCAUAGGGCAUAAAAAUGAUCAGGAGAUGCAUCCUUUAGAAAAAAAGCACACACACGAAAAUGUGAAAGAAACUGCAGUCCAAAGAAAUCUUGUUAUUUCUGAAGGCUCAAAGCAACCUCAGCCAGACCUUAAACUGAAACCUAACCUGGGGUCAGAUAAUGAGGUGCACAGGCUGGGGAGCACAGCUGAUGGUACAGCUGCUGAUCACCUGAAGCCUACUCCCAGGAUGACCAGAGACGCUGGCACAGCUCCGUUUGUACCAAAUGUGGAAGACAUCAACAGUAUUCUGGAGUCCAAACUUAAAUCUAGGAUUUCACAUCCACAGGCCAAACCAAGCUCUUUUUUCUUGCAGAUGCAAAAAAGAGUAGCAGGUCAGUACGUGACAUCUGCAGCUGCCAAGACUGUCCAUGCUGCCCCUAAUCCUAUUCCAAAAGAACUUACACAUAAAGAGGUGGAAAGGAAUCCACUGCCUUCUCCAGAGCAAAGUCUUUCUUUCGUAAGUAAAACAGCUAACCCUCCACCACAACCCCUUAUUAAAAAAUCUGAUGAUAACAUCAUUGGUCAGAAGCCUGUCGAAAUCUCUCCUCCUCCAAUUGCUCCAAAACCUGUGCCGAUUCCCACUAGUCAGUUAGCAGCACAGAAUUUGAAGACGUUGAAAACUUUUGGUGCCCCACGACCAUACUCAAGCUCUGCUCCUUCACCAUUUGCCCUGGCAGUAGUGAAGAGGUCACAGUCUUUCAGUAAAACACGUACUGCCUCCAAAGAGUCAUUCAGUGAUGGUACAUCUGCCCAGUCUCCAACCAACUCAGAGGAGGGGAAGGCUAGCUCUGACAACAAAUUUGUGGACAUCUCACAACUUGGUGUGAUUGAUAAGGAAAAUAAUUCUUUACAUAAUGAACAGAAUUCCCACAUACCAUCUCCAACUGACUGCCCAUCAUUCACCCUUAAGAGACAAAGUUCUUUAACAUUCCAAAGCUCUGACCCAGAACAGAUCCGACAGAGUUUGCUGACUGCAAUCCGUUCUGGAGAGGCUGCUGCCAAAUUGAAAAGGGUUACUGUCCCACCAUAUACAAUUUCUGUGAAUAGAAGACCAAGAAUCAGCCACUCCGUACCCCCUGAUGCACAGGACGACUGUUAA